ACCGGAUGCCUUUAUCAGCCCUCGCUAGCUUUCAGCAGCGCUACAAAAAAAUUGGUCGUAUUCGGUAAACCAGCGGUGCCUUUUUUUUAAAUAUAUAUAUAUUUUUAUGAAAAUGUCCUCUCUGGAAGCAAAAAACAACAGAGUGAACGAUGCGCGCUGAAGCGGCGCCGGCAAAAACCCGCAGCCAGCGGGCGGUGGUGAGCGCCAGCCCGGCCGCGUAGAGCCGCUCCGUGACGGGCUGAAGCAGAUGUGAGCCGUGGUGAAUUUGGGCAAAAGGCGGAAGACUGCGCAUCAACAGGGCGAAGCGGAGAUGCUACACGGCUACAGCCGCUAGUCAGCUAACUGCUCGUUCCAGCAUGCAGGGGUCAAAAAUGACGGAUAGAUUCCAGCUGCCAGCAUCCUCGUUGAUGGAGCCGUGACCGCACAGCUUACGCGUUCUUCUGUUCUCCGCCGAGCUGACCCAAGCCAAGGAUGGCGAGCAGGAGGAAGUCUACCAUUCCCUGCAUGGUUCCCCCUCAGGACCCCAUCGACUCAAAUCCGGAGGCGGAGGACGUCAUGGACGUCACGGAGCCCGAGGACGGCAACGACGCGGCGGCGCUUUACGCCGAGGCUCCCGCUUUGCCCGAGGAACCCGCCGGGGACGCGGGGCCGGACGCGUACCUGGACUCCAACGCCGCCGAAGGGGGAUACGAGUGCAAGUACUGCAGCUUCCAGACGUCAGAGCUCAACCUGUUCACCAUGCACGUGGACACGGAGCACCCGGACGUGGUCAUCAACGCCUCCUACGUCUGCGUGGAGUGUGACUACCACACCAAAAGUUACGACACGCUGCAGGCCCACAAUGCUCGGCUGCACCCGGGCGAGGACAACUUCACGCGGACGAUGGUCAAGCGGAACAACGAGACCGUCUUCGAGCAGACGGUGAACGAUCUCACCUUUGACGGCAGCUUCGUCAAGGUGGAGGACGACGAGGCGGAGGACGUGUCCCGCAAGGCCAUCCCCCUCAGCAAGACGCCCAUCAUGAGGAUCAGGAGCCGGGCCGAGCCCAAAAAGUUCGCGCCGGCGCACAAACCGUCCGUCGACGACGUCAUAAAGGUGGAGAGCGACGACGAGUACGACGAGGGCCAGGAGCCGCCCGCUCUGUCGCCGGCGCCGCCCGCCGCCUCGACCCAGCGCCUGAUCCCCGUCUCGGCGCCGCUGCAGGUCCAGGCCAUCCCUCAGAGCAUCGUGGUGAACAGCUCCAACAUGCUGCAGAUUAAGGGAGGCUCCUCCGGGGGCGGCGCCGUGCUGCCACCGGGGACCCUGGCCCAGGUUCUGUCCGCCCUGCAGACCCAGCAGAGCCCUCAGACCCAGCUGCUGAUCCCCAUCAGCAGCAUCCCCACCUACAACAGUGCCAUGGACAACAACGUCCUGCUCGUCAGCGCUUACAACAGGUUUCCGUAUCCGUCUGUGUCGGAGAUCAUCGGCUUGUCGGCACAGACAAAGUUCAGCGAGGAGCAGAUCAAGGUCUGGUUUUCUGCCCAAAGGCUCAAACAUGGAGUCAGCUGGACACCAGAAGAGGUGGAGGAGGCGAGGAGAAAGAAGUUUAACGGCACGGUUCAGACCGUUCCCCAGACCAUCACAGUCAUCCCCGCCAACAUCGGCGCCGCCACCAACGGGCUGCAGUCCAUCUUUCAGACCUGUCAGAUCGUCGGCCAGCCGGGCCUCGUCCUCACUCAGGUGGCCGGCGGCGGGGGCGCCGUGCCGGUGGCGUCCCCCAUCACUCUGACCGUGGCGGGGGUGCCCGGCAACCAGCCCAAAGCCGCCGAAGCCUCGGCGCCGGACUCCAACGCCGAGGUGUCGGCCGCGUCCGCCAGCACGUCGCUCAGCUUGGACGCGGGGGCCACCAAGCCGAAGAAGUCCAAAGAACAGCUGGCGGAGCUGAAGGCGAGCUACGGCAGGAGGCAGUUCGCCACCGAGGAGGAGAUAUCCAGGCUGAUGGAGGUCACCAAACUCUCCAAGAGGGCGAUAAAGAAAUGGUUCAGCGACACCCGCUACAACCAGAGAAACUCCAGGGAUCACCACAGCCUGCUGCUGAGCGAAACGUCGUCCGGCAGAGCGGCUUUCUCAGGAGCAGGCCGCGCAGGGAGGAGCAGCAGCGCCAGCUUCCCAGAGAACAUCAGCGGCGAGUCGCUGCCGGAGCUGAGCGCCGCCGCCGCCGCCGCUUCCACCGCCCUGACGGCCGCCACCAUCGUCAUAGACUCCAGCGACGACGCCAGCGACUCCUCCCCCACCACCGCCAGCGCACCGAGCUCCUCCGGCUUGUCGAGCGACCCGCGCGUCAAAUUCCGCCACGCCUUCCCGGACUUCACGCCCCAGAAGUUCAAGGAGAAGACUACGGAGCAGCUGCACGUCCUGGAGGCCAGCUUCCAGAAGGCGGACAUGCCGUCAGACGAGGAGCUGAGCCGGCUGCGCUCAGAAACCAAGCUGACCCGACGGGAGGUGGACGCUUGGUUCACGGAGCGCCGGAAAACGUCUUCGGCGGCCCUGAAGGACAGCGACGGCGAGAUGGAAGACAAGGCGAAAGCGUCUGUAGCGUGUCUGGAGGGACAGACCCCGCCCCACGUCGGGAGGAAGAUCCUGAAGAAGACCCCGGAGCAGCUGCACAUUUUGAAGAAGGCCUUUGUUCGCUCACAGUGGCCAACGUCCGAGGAGUACGACCAGAUGUCGGAGGAGACGGGCCUGCCGCGGACCUACAUCGUCAACUGGUUCGGCGACACGCGCUACUCCUGCAAGAACAGCAACCUGAAGUGGUACUACCUGUACCAGAGCGGCAAGGUGGACGAGGCGUUGAACGGCGGAGGGAAGAGCCAGAAGAAACCCAGGAAGCGGAGCCGCGGUUGGACCAGGAGGACGCGUCGGCCGUACCCCUCCAAACGUUCGCCACAGGGUGCCGCGGGAGUCAUCAAGGUGAAGUCCGGUAAGGCGUUCCUUAAGGAUUACUACCUCAAGCACAAAGCUCUGAGCGAGAAGGACCUGGACGAUCUGGUGACCAAGUCCAAAAUGAGCUACGAGCAGGUGAGGGACUGGUUCUCCGAGACGGCCAGGAAGGCGGAGGAGGGAAAGGAGCCGUUCAGCAACGACGAGGCAGAGGAGGACGAGGAGGAGGAGGGAGAGGCGGAGGAAGAGGACGAGGUGACGACAGCCGAGUGCAGAGACAGUGAAGGAGACAUGGAGGCGGAAGAACAAGGAGAGGCGGCCUCAAGCGACGACUACAUCAGGGAAGAAAAGGACCCCGGUGAGGAGGAAGAGGAGGAGGAGGAGGAGGAUGCAGUUGAGGAGGACUCUGAAGGUGUCAGCCAUUCACAGCCCCAGACUGAGGAGCAGACAUGAGCAGACAGAUUCAGCAUUGCUGCCAACCACGGUGGAGCCAAGACAGAGAAUGAUGCAUAUCAGUGUUUCUCAGCUGGAGAUUCAGGACCCACAGAGGGCCACGGGCAGAUCGGACUGACCGUGCCGGGUCAAACAGCGUAAACAUGAUCAAGGUUUGUGCCCGGAAGUAAAGACGGGGGUAAUGACGCAGCUGAAAAUCACUGAGUCGGAGGCGAUACCGGACGCCAUGUUUGGAUUUAGCUUCUUGUGAAUGAUGGACAGUGGGGACCAAGUGGAUGCACAAAACCAAGCCUUUCACCAAACAAUAAGUUUGCACGCUCCUGUGCUGCCGUCUUUACAGGAACGGGAUUUUAGCUUGGACCUUUAGGUCCUCCUUUCUUAUAAAACAAAAGACUUUUUAUGAAUACAAAAAAAAACAACAAAAAAACAUUUCUACUAAUGUGAGACCUUGCAUGGUUUGGAUCUUUUCGUGACCCAUUUUUCUCAAGGAAGCGUUCCCUGCUCAAACUCAUCAAUGACAGAUUUUGUUGCCUCACAGGAAUAAAAAAAAAAAAAGGUUUUUAAAACCUUCAGUUUUCUGCAACUUCAAGAUGCAGUUUAGUGCCAUUCAGUUCAUAAUUUUUUUUUUUUUUUUUUUUUU